GCUGCAGCUCGCGGAACCCUGGGCUCAUGUCUGCGUUCCACUGUGCCUGGGCCCUGGUGGGCAGACCCACCCGGGCAGACCCACCCUCCCUCCAUCCUUCCGGUCGCGCAGGCCGCCCCAGCCGCCGCUUAGUUGCUUGGAGUCUACUGCAUGCUUCCUCAGCUCGGUGCGGACAGCUGGGCCUCUCCAUCCGCCCUCAGUAAACAUGGCGGCGCGGCGAUCAAGGCGGGCAAGGGGGUGGGGUCCCGCUGUCACCAAGCCGGGCGCUGCUCGGGCCGGGCUGGCCGGCUGGCCAGCUACCCACGUGGAGGAGGUCUCGCAGGGAAAGAGCAAUGCUGGUUUCGGAAAGAACGAAGGAGCUUUGGUAGUCCUGGCCGAACCACUGACGCGAGGCAAGGUAGCGCUUCCGCGGAGUGAGUGGCUGGAGUCGCGGGAGCCCUGUCUGGGAGGGCGCUGGGAGAGACCCGGCACACCUAAGGACAGCUAUUGCCUUUGGUGAGGACACCUGGAAAGGUCACCAAAGACAAUUGGAGUUCAUUUCAGCUACUUGAAGAAUCAGAGCUUCUACCUCUGCCCUGCUCCAGCAGCUCUGCCUCAGAACAGGGGCUGCUUCUCCAGCUCCCCUUAGACCAUGCCUCUGGAAGGAAGAGGAAUGCUGUGAACCUGAGCCAGGAAUCGGCUUGGAGCCGUUUGCCUUUACCUGCUCAGUCCAGUGACAGCUCAGAGCCCAGGAGCCCUGAGGCACAGGGGCACGGUGAGGAUGGAGGAGAGCACCUCAGCUCCCUUCUACACAACCUCAGACACCAACAAGGCGAUUGCCACCUUUUCUGUCGUGGACUAUGUGGUGUUCGGCCUGCUGCUGGUUCUCUCCCUCGCCAUUGGGCUCUAUCAUGCCUGCCGUGGAUGGGGCCGGCAUACUGUUGGUGAGCUGCUGCUGGCGGACCGAAAAAUGGGCUGCCUUCCUGUAGCGCUGUCCCUGCUGGCCACCUUCCAGUCCGCGGUAGCCAUCCUGGGGGCACCAGCUGAGAUCUACCGGUUUGGAACCCAGUACUGGUUCCUGGGGUGCUCCUACUUCCUGGGGCUCCUGAUCCCUGCCCACGUGUUCAUCCCAGUCUUCUACCGCCUGCGCCUCACCAGUGCCUAUGAGUACCUGGAGCUUCGCUUCAAUAAAGCAGUGCGGGUCCUAGGGACUGUGACCUUCAUCUUUCAGAUGGUGAUCUACAUGGGAGUCGCUCUCUAUGCACCAUCCUUGGCCCUCAAUGCAGUGACUGGAUUUGAUCUGUGGCUGUCAGUUCUGGCCCUAGGGAUUGUCUGCAACAUCUACACAGCACUGGGUGGGCUGAAAGCUGUCAUCUGGACAGACGUGUUUCAAACGCUGGUCAUGUUCCUAGGGCAGCUGGUGGUUAUCAUUGUAGGCUCUGCCAGAGUAGGCGGCUUGGGGCACGUAUGGGACGUGGCCUCCCAGCAUAAACUCAUCUCUGGGAUUGAGCUAGAUCCCGACCCGUUUGUGCGUCAUACUUUCUGGACUUUGGCCUUUGGGGGUGUCUUCAUGAUGCUGUCUUUGUAUGGCGUGAACCAGGCGCAGGUGCAGCGCUACCUCAGUUCCCGCUCAGAGAAGGCUGCUGUGCUCUCCUGCUAUGCAGUGUUCCCCUGCCAGCAAGUGGCUCUCUGCAUGAGCUCACUCAUUGGUCUGGUCAUGUUUGCUUAUUAUAAGAAAUAUACUAUGAGCCCCCAGCAAGAGCAGGCAGCACCUGACCAGUUAGUCCUCUAUUUUGUCAUGGACCUCCUGAAGGACAUGCCAGGGCUACCUGGGCUCUUUGUUGCCUGCCUCUUCAGUGGAUCCCUCAGCACCAUAUCAUCUGCAUUCAACUCACUGGCAACUGUCACCAUGGAAGACCUAAUUCAACCCUGGUUCCCUGAGUUGACGGAAACGCGGGCCAUCAUGCUUUCCCGAAGCCUUGCCUUUGCCUAUGGGCUAGUCUGCCUGGGAAUGGCCUAUGUUUCCUCUCAUCUGGGAUCAGUGCUCCAGGCAGCACUCAGCAUCUUUGGCAUGGUUGGAGGACCACUGCUGGGACUCUUCUGCCUGGGGAUGUUCUUUCCGUGUGCCAACCCUCUUGGCGCCAUCGUGGGCCUGUUGACUGGACUCACCAUGGCCUUCUGGAUCGGCAUUGGGAGCAUAGUGAGCAGGAUGGGUUCUGCCGCAACGUCCCCCCCCAUCAAUGGGUCCAGCUCCUUCCUGCCCAGCAACCUGACCAUCACCACUGUGACCACCCUGAUGCCUUCCACCACCCAGGCCAAGCCCACAGGACUGCAGCGUUUCUACUCCCUGUCCUACUUAUGGUACAGUGCACACAACUCCACCACAGUCAUCGUUGUGGGCCUGAUUGUCAGUCUGCUCACCGGGGGCAUGCGGGGCCGGACCCUGAACCCUGGCACCAUUUAUCCUGUGAUGCCAAAGCUCCUCUCACUCCUGCCCUUAUCCUGCCAGAAGCGGCUCUGCUGGAAAAGCCACAGCCAGGAUGCCCCCGUGGCCCCCAAACUGUUUGCAGAGAAGAUGAGGAACGGAGCACUGCAGGGCAGCGGGGACAAAGAAAGGAUGGCUGAAGAUGGCCCUGUCCACCAGCCGUGCAGUCCCACCUACGUUGUCCAGGAGACCUCCCUGUGACGGGACUCUAGCCUCCAGUCUGUCCGCCCUGCAGGACAGCAGCCACAGGCUGUUCUACAGUGCAGCAUGAGUCACUACACGUGUUCUGCAGGGUGGGGUGCAGUGAGCUAGCCCACACACAGGACCUUGACCUUUAAUGUAUUCACCUCCAUGGACGCUGUUGUGUGCAAGGGUGAGACAGGGUUUUCCUCAUCCCUUGCCAAUCUCUCUCAGGAUCAGCUUUGAACGGUACAGAACUAGGCGCAAGUGGACAAUCGGUGAAUACACAGGAAGAAGGCAUUUGAUUAAGUAUGACCAGAGAGUCCUUUGGAGUGAAUAGGAACAUUUCUUGUAACUGCCCUGGGGACUGAUUUGGCGAGAUUGGCCAGCACCUCCAUUAAGCAUGAAGUCCUUGGCUACCUGUUGAUUCCCUCCGCCUUCAUGUCAGCCAUUUGUGGGUGCCUGAACAGAUAACAGUUCAGGUUAUCUGUAACACUCAAGCCCCCCUCAUUCAUACCUGCCUACCUCGAUUCUUGAGAGGGAGUGUCCUGGAACUCAGAGUAGACAGUUGUGUAACAUCUGCUUUGUAGAGGGGGCAAGUUUUCUACACCGCAGGCCUCUCCUUCCUCAGGUGGUACUUAAGACAGGGUCCUCACCAGGUUCCUUCUGCAGUGUGCUAUCCUCUGACUCCUAAGCCAGGCCACCCUGGUUCAUUCUGUCAUCCAUGCGCCUAUUUCCUGUUGGAGUUUCUUCGUGCAUUUUGUUCCUAGGGAAUAAAAAAGCUGUUAGACCUAG